AUGGAUUCGGAUCUUCAUAAUCAACGGCAACAACAGCAACAGAAGUUGCAGCAGCAGCAGCAGGGGCAACAAACUAUGAACACUGGUUUGACGCGAUACAGAUCAGCACCGAGUUCGUAUUUCUCGAAUUUGAUAAACAGUGGCAUGUAUGAAGACGAAGAAGUUGACCCAUUCUUCAACCCUCGGUCUUCAAGCCCCGAAACGGAACGCAUUUUAUCGAGAUUCAUCUCCGGGGAUGGUGAUAAUUCAAGCUCUCAUCAGAAUAUAGGUCAAAUUCGGGGAAACGACCCCCCAUUUAUGGAUCCUAUGAAGCAGGAACGAGCGAAUUUUACAUAUCAGUCUCAACAGCAACAGAUGAUGUACCAAAACCACCAGCAAGCCGAUCAUAAUCAUAACUCGGUUGUUUCUGGUUCUAGCCCCGCAUUGGUUGACCCGUUAGUGGCCAUGAAUCCUCCAACGAACCUUCUUCGUCAGAGUAGUUCACCAGCUGGAUUCUUCGAACACGUUAAUAUGGGCAAUGGUUACUCCACGAUGAGAUCCAUGGAUAAAUUUCGAACUGAUGAUGGCAGUGUACCAGAUUUAUCAAAGGGGUUUGAAAAUCGAAUGGCUUUCUCAUCAGUUUCACAUUCAUCUUCUAGACCACUGUCUCUUAUCCCUGAAAACGAAGGCAAAACCAUGGGAACGAGUGGUGCAGGUGCACACAACAAUGGAGGUUUUGGUCAAACUCAUCCAAGAGCUGGUGGUUAUGGCUUCCCUGGUGGUUCUUGGGAUGAACCAGCAAUGUUAACUGAUGAAUUCAUGAAAGAGCUUGGAGAAAGCGAUCAAAUAAGUUCAACAGAAAAUCAGCAGAAUGAUGAAGGGAGAAUCCAUGCUUCCAGUGGUUUGAGUCAUCAACUGAGUUUACCAACGAGUUCCUCUGAGUUAUCUGUCAUGGAAAAAUUACUGCAGUUCCAAGACAAUGUGCCUUUAAGGAGCAGAGCUAAAAGGGGUUGUGCCACCCAUCCAAGAAGCAUAGCUGAAAGGGUAAGGAGAACACGAAUAAGUGAAAGAAUGAGAAAACUACAAGAGCUUGUUCCUAAUAUGGAUAAGCAAACAAACACAGCAGACAUGUUGGAUUUGGCUGUGGGUUACAUCAGAGAACUUCAAAAACAAGUUGAGAAGCUUUCAGAUCAUCAUGCAAAGUGCACAUGUCCAAAUAAGCAGGAAAUCUAAUGCAACUCUUAAGCAUAUAGGUAGAUCUGGCUUCUGUAUAUAAACAAAACGAGAAGAAGGUGAAACGUUGUAUUUAUUUUAGUAAUGACAUAGAACAGAUUAAGAAUAAGAAAGCUUCAUUUGUUGUGUAACAUUAAGCCAAUUGUACAGUCAUUCAGUCAAUCUAAAGUACAUGUAACCGAGGUUGUCAUCAUUAUUAUUAAGAUCAAAAUGCAACCAAACCCUACUAUAGAAUUAUAUAUGCGUAAUGUAUUGUAUCCCUUAUUUCUUCUAUGCUUCUUGUAUGUAUGUUAAUGUUGUUUC